AUGUCAGCGUACUCUCCAUACGUACCGGAGUUCGAGGGGCUCACGGGUCAACAGAUCCAAGAGAUCGCCGACUCUCAGCCGUCGAUGCAGCCCGCCGGUGCCGGCAUCACUAUCCAGGGGAUUUUCUACACAACGGCCAUCUUAUGCACUAUCAUAUUUGGUCUUCGCGUGUGGGUGCGAUCACGGCCGCAGGCGUCGGGAAAUAGCUGGGCGAUUGAUGACUAUCUGGCGGUUGGAGGAUUUAUCCCCUACCUUCCGUGCUGUAUCAUCGGUAUCAUUGGCACAUACUACGGCGUCGGGGCACCAGACAGCGCUGUUAAUCCGUUCAUGAAAAUCCGGGCCAAGGAAUUCCAACUAUUGUACGAGUUGGUCUAUUUCGGAUCUUCAACCCUCACGAAAUUUUCCAUCGCCUUUACUAUUAUGAGGAUAUGCAAAGAACGCCGAUAUGUGUACGCUAUGUAUGGUGCAAUGGGAGGGAUGGCCCUUACAGCAUUUGGCGCACUCAUAUUCCUUUUUGCCGACUGCAAACCAUUUGCAACACGUUGGAAUCCUGCACUAGGAAGCUGCUGGGCUCCGGCGCCGGACGGAUGGUUCAUCAUGAGCUAUAUCGGUACGAGUAUGCAGGUCAUUACUGACUGGAUUGUCGCCAUCACCCCAUUCUUCGUCGUGCGUAGCCUACAAAUGAACAGGAGAAAGAAAAUUUCGGUAAUUUUGAUUCUCGGCUUGGGUGUAUUCGCCAGUUUUGCUGCCAUUAUGCGCAUUGCAAGCUACUCCCAAACCGAUGAAAGAUAUCACCCACAUGACGCUCUGGUCACGGAGGCACAGCUCGUCAUUUGGUCGCAUCUCGAGGGCAGCUUUGGUAUCAUCGCGUGCAACCUACCGCCCCUGCGGCAGCUCUUCGGAUCCUUCUAUCGAUCGUCCGCCGGUCGAUCAGGCGCUGCGUCCGCACACCUCUCUGGCGGGGGUCGUGGGACGCAACUUAGUAACUUGACACCAUCGGGGAAAGGUCGAACAGCAGUUUCGAGCCGCAAGACUUGGGACAAGCUAGAGGACGACGACUCGAGCAAGCACCACAUCAUGCGAGAGACCGAAGUCAGAAUCGAGACGAGUAGUGGCUUCGAUUCUAAAGACGACCGGCAGGGUUGGGAGACUCACGUAAAGCAAUUGGUCUGA